AUGGCGAAUCUGAGUCACCCGUCCGAGUUCAUCCUCGUUGGCUUCUCCUCCUUUGGUGAGCUACAGGUUCUGCUGUAUGGAUCCUUCCUCGUGCUCUAUCUUCUGUCCUUCACAGGAAACCUCAUCAUCAUCAUCAUGGUCAUGGCUGACACACACCUCCAUACACCCAUGUACUUCUUCCUGGGCAACUUCUCCCUGCUGGAGAUCCUGGUGACCAUGACGGUGGUGCCCAGGAUGCUCUCGGACCUACUGGCCUCUUGUAAUGCCAUCUCCUUCACUGGCUGCUUGGUCCAGUUCUACUUUUACUUCUCUCUGGGCUCCACCUCCUUCCUUAUCCUGGCCGACAUGGCCCUUGACCGCUUCGUCGCCAUCUGCCACCCCCUGCGUUAUGGCACACUGAUGCGCUGGGCAGUCUGUGGUCGGUUGGCAGGGGCAGCCUGGGUAUCUCCCUUCCUCGCCAUGGUGCCCACUGUCCUCUCCCGGGCACAUCUCAAUUACUGUCAUGGCAACAUCAUCAACCACUUCUUCUGUGACAACACCCCUCUGCUGCAGCUGGCCUGCUCAGACACCCGCCUGCUGGAAUUCUGGGACUUUGUGAUGGCCCUGGCUUUUGUCCUCAGCUCCUUUCUGGUGACCCUCAUCUCCUAUGGCUACAUCGUGAGAACUGUCCUGCGGAUCCCCACGGCCAGUGGCCGCCAGAAGGCCUUCUCCACCUGCGGGUCCCACCUCACCCUGGUUUUCAUCGGCUAUAGCAGCACCAUCUUCCUGUACGUGCGGCCGGGCAAAGCACACUCUGUGCAAGUCAACAAGAUGGUCGCCCUGGUGACCUCAGUCCUGACCCCUUUCCUCAACCCCAUCAUUCUGACUUUCCGGAAUGAAACAGUCAAGGCUGUUAUUCGGGGGCAGCUGCAGAGGCUGAAGGGUCUUGAAAAGUCAGCGUGA